AGAAGACGAAGUGGCUUCAGCUUGAGUUUGGGGCUGACACAGCCGUUCACCAGCUGUAUAUAAAACGCGCAGGCUGGCUGAUGAAGCUUGCUGGUGCAUAACUCAUCUUUCUCAAUAUGCUUGUCUCACAAUCGCUUCUCUCCCUUGGUUCUAUCUUCAGCUCGGUGACGACGCUGCCGGGAUGCGGUGAAGUCAACGUUUUCUAUACCGGUUUACCGGGUCGCCAUAUGUAUGUUACGCAGCAAGGCUAUGAUACCGCUCUUGUUGAGGCGCAGAUCUUCAACCAUACGCGCCAGCUACGGGAAGCGGGAUACGAUACCUGGCUCCGAAAUGAAUAAGCACAUGAAAGACGUCCUCUGGCAUGUUGCCGGCAUUGGCUUUGGAGUCCGAGGAUCUCAGAUUUCGGAUGUCAUCACGCUCUUUGAAGAAACCCUUGACAUAUACCGUGAAGAAGCGCCGAAUGCGAAAUUUGUCUUCAACUAUAAUCCAUUGACCUUUUUAUGGUCUGUCAAACGGUAUUUCCCAUUGUCCAGUGAUUGCAAAGAUCAGCCAGGAAAGGAUUUGGGAUACAUCACGAUUUGCGAUGGAGCAUGUAUUUGAAUUGGACAACAACAUACAAGAAACCGAUGUUGGAGAGGGUGAUGAAAUAUCUUUAACUUCCGCCUGAGCGCAACAUUAAUCACAGGAUAGUUGUUCUCGGCCAUUGAGAUCUUCAUAAACUGAUCUUACUUCUGAACAUCAUCGUGUCACAGUGGCCUGGUCUUUGAGCCAGACACCAUGCCCAUCACCAUCAGGCAUAAGGCCAGGGAGAAAAUAUGUAACCAGUCGUAGGAGUUUCUAAUCGCUAUGCGUGGCUAUAUUGAAGCAAAUCUUAGUUAUCGAGAG